UGAACUUCUCCUGCGUCAGACGGAGAGAUAUUAAACAGCUUAUUGUCAUCUGUGAUAAAUCGUUAUUAGUGUAUUGUCGUAAAACGUUCACGACAGUUGAGUAGUUUGAUAGUGGAAAGGUUCAUCCGCAGAGUAAAAAGGAGAAAUCAUGGCAAAUUUGAGAGCAUGUUAGUACUAUCAGUUAUACGCAUAUUUCCCACACAGAUGGUUAACUAUAUCGAAACAAUACCGUGAAAUAAUAGCCUCUAGAACAAAAUGCGUGAAAUUGCAAAAAGUUCUGAUUCGAAUCGCCCAACCGCCCGCGAAUGCCUAAACGCUUAUAAUGUUCGAAUAUGGGCUCGAGCGCACAUUUCCUCCAACAGAUUUUAAGAUUGAACACAACAAAACCGGAGCUAGAAAGUGCAUUUGAUUUAUGAGUAAACGUCGUGGAUAUGAUGUGUAUACAUUCGAAGUUCGUCUGAGGCGUCCAUCAUUUUUUUCAUUUCAUCCCGAUUCUCCUAUUGGGCAGGUGCUCUCGAACUGGAAAUUCUUCGCAACAAUUGGAGUGGGCGUGAUUGCAAUCACGGCGGUUGUGAUUGCAGUCCCUCUGGCGAUCAGUUCGUCCGAUUCCGACAAUCGGGACCCCAACGAUGUGAACCACUUUUUCGGUCGGACCGUACUGGAUGAAGUGCCUCUGAUCGAUGGGCACAACGAUCUACCGUACAACUUGUAUUCCGUCGAACGCAACCGCAUAAACAAGUUCGAUUUGGAUAAAAAUUUGCGAGAUAAUCCGAAAUGGAACACAACCAAAACCAGCCACACUGAUAUUCCCCGACUAUUGGAAGGUAAGAUUGGAUCCCAGUUUUGGGUGGCCUACGUUGGCUGCGACACCCAGUACAAGGAUGCUGUCGAGCGAACGCUCGAGCAAAUCGAUGUCAUCAAGCGUAUGGUGAAGAAAUAUUCAAAGUACAUGAAGUACGUAACGUCUGCGGAUGGAAUCAUGGAGGCAUUCCGGGAGAAGAAGAUUGGAUCACUGAUCGCGGUGGAGGGAGGCCACUCUAUGGACUCCCGAUUGGCCAUGCUUCGAAUGUACUACGAACUGGGAGUGCGCUACAUGACGCUUACUCACACCUGCAAUACACCUUGGGCGGAUGCUUCGCCCGUCGAUGCCAACGCUACGGCUGUUUUGAAGAACGUCACCGAGUGGGGAAAAACUGUUAUCUGGGAAAUGAACCGGCUGGGAAUGCUCGUGGACAUCUCGCACGUAAGUCACGGCGUGAUGGUGGAUGUACUGAAGUACAGCAAAGCGCCGGUGAUUUUCAGUCACUCGUCGUCUCAUCACGUGUUCCCUCACCAUCGGAACGUACGGGACGAUGUGCUGAAGAAGCUGAUCGCCAACGAUGGGUUGAUCAUGGUGAACUUUUAUACCGGUUUCAUUGGUGGAAAAACGAUCGAUGAUGUUGUUCACCACCUGAACUACAUCAAAUCCAUAACCGGCCCGGACCACAUCGGUAUCGGCGGGGACUACGACGGCGUGGAUAGCACCCCCGAGGGUCUUGAGGACGUCUCAAAGUAUCCGGAUCUGUUCGACAUGCUAGCUGAUGGGGCGUACAAGAAUGGAACUGCGUUCGAGCCGUGGACCCGCGAGGAGCUUCAAAAACUUGCCGGUCUUAACUUGCUUCGUGUGUUCCGCGACGUGGAGAAGAUUCGCGACAGUAUGGGAAAUGUGCCACCGUUCGAGGAGCUGAUUCCGUACAAGGAUUUCGAAGACGCGGGCGUCGCAGAUCAACCGUGUAUGAGCGAUUUGGAUAUUCACAAGUAGUUUAAGAGAUUUUUAUAGUUUUGAGUACAUACAUUUUUUUUCGGAACAUUGUACAAUAGAUAUUAAUACUAGUAUUUUUAGAA